AUGACUUCGACCACGAACCGCGACCUCUGUCGCUUCUUCUACGCGGCGACAACUGACCACUACUACGCCUGCAACUACUGCGGCACGCGCCGCCAGCAGCUUCCCUCAAGUGGCUACGCCAACUUGCUCAGCCAUCUCAAGGACAAGUACCCCAACUACGUCGAGGACUACGCAGCCCAUCAGCUCAGCCAGGCUGGAUCUCUCUCCGCCUUUGGCUUUGUCAACCCGAGGGCAGCCAACAUGUACCGCUGGAUGGCGUGGGUCGUCGACCGCAACAUGCCCCUCAGUGAGGUCGACGACCCAAUCACCUGGGCGAUGUCUGCCCUAGAUCCCACCUGCUCCAAGACCCUGAAGCUCUACCUGGCUUCUACGAAGGCGCUUGUCGAGGGCGUGAUCGGUGUCGACAUGCAAGGGGUGUGCGGCGCCAUGUACGACGCCACCAACCGAGCAACUGCGACACGCCUCGAGGUCCCGCUGAUUGGCUGUGCAUCUCACCGCUUUAAAUUGGCGGUGAACAAGUACCUGGAGGACUGCACGGACGAUGUGCGCGCGGUGAGCGCGCUGAUGCAAGCGUUGCGCACCAUCAACAAUCGCGCUGCGUUGAAGGACCAGACGAAGCUGUCGCCGCUGCGCCUGAACGUGACCCGUUGGGGCUCAACCUUCAAGAUGUUGGCGCGCUACGUUCGUAUCCGGGACGAUAUCAAGCAAGUCACCGUUGCACUCCAGUCCGACGACCUGUCACUUGCAGAUGUGCGUGUGCUGUCCGACUCUAUUGUUGAGCGCUUCCCGCUGCUUAAGUCAAAGCUCGGCCCCACGGCAAGCAUCGUGCACUCUCCCAGCUUCGAGACGGCUGCUGUGAAGUGGGGAAGGCCAAAGCGCAAAACAAAGGCGACACAGGGUGGUGUAGCUGACGCCUAUGUGCCGAUCACUCAAAACACCAAGCGACGCACAGGGCGCGCGCCCAAACCAGCUGAGGAACGCACAGUCGGGUCCACCCACCCUCUGUCGAUGUCAAACCUAGAGCUGCUUGAACGUGCUGAGGCGCUUAUCGGCUCGGAGACUGAUGAAUCUAACGAAAGCGACUCCGAGGAAGUAGAAGGAAGUGAUGGUGAUAAAAUGGACUGUCAAUGA